AGCUUCUCACCUGCACUCGUGAGUAAAACACCAUCCUGCAUGAAUGGAAGCAACUUUUUCAAACCUGAAAAUACAUGUGCAUCAUAACGAGAUAAGCACAGAGUUCGUGAUAACUGUGCUGAAAGUUGACACGGAAGUCGUCGCUGUUUCCGCUUAAGUGAUGUUGGGUAACUGUUUUGCAAAGAGGCGCGCGCUAUUCAAAACAGUCUGUGAAAGAACCGCGGGGAAACAGAACGCUGGUUGUGGCAAACAAACCACAGUUCCACAACUUUCUAACUUUGUUACGUUGUGGAUAACGUCUGCUUGUGAAGUUAGAAACAUGAUGCCUAGUACUACGAGGAAGCACAGUCGCCCAGCCGAAAGGCCUGUCAAGGAUGGAGGAUCUCCCCUGAAAAGAAAGUCACCCCGGCUGCACCAGUCUCCACUAAAGAAGAUGUCAGCCAGACACCAGGAGAAGGAGAACUGCCCAUCCCCUCAGAGAUCACCAGCUCCAUCUCCCCUAAAGAUUGCUCAGAAGAGAGCCUCUCCAUUCCAGCCUGCUGUGGUUACAGGGUCCUUCUAUGGUAAACGCAAUCCUUUGUACCUGACACCCCUGGAGAGGAAGAUGCUGAAUGAGACCAAAUCACUGCCAAGGCUGACCACUGUGGAUCCGUAUGGAAUACUGACGGAUGCUGAGAAAAAGAGGAUGAUUAACAGUAAUAAGGUCAAGAAAGUGUCCGAUGUACACAGAAUGAAGACUGGCUUAAAGGGAAACGGCAACUUCAAAUCAAGCCUGAUCAAUUCCUCAAAGCCUAAAGCACCCACCAGCACAAAGCAAGUGGAGCCGAAAAAAGGCAUUCCCUUGACCUUCGGUGGUUUAAAGUCUAAGCCCAAGCCUAAGAUCUUCGUUGGGGCUGCCUUUUUCAGCACAGGAAAAAAGCCAGCCUCCAUGUACAAAAAGUCUGCCCUGAAAUCUACCAAGCCAGCUUUGAGUUUUGAGAAAACAAAUGCUCUGGUUCAUGCGUCAGAGGGAAAACAAGAAAAAAAACAAAAAGCCCCAUCUCCAAAGCGAUGUGCUGUUGUAGUGAAGAAACUGCAGGAAGAGCUGCAGUCUCCACCCAGUGUCCAGGAUUUGCUAAAGAGUCCAGGGUCACCUGAGGCCCUCUCACCCAGAGCUAUAGCAGAGAAAUAUGGCAUGAGCAAGGAUGUCAGCAUUGUGUUAAACAUAUCUUUGUCUCCCACAUGUUCAGGAUCCCCAGAAAUAAACACUCAUGAGGACUUUAUCACGGAUGCAGGCUCUCAUGCAGUGUUUGAUCUCAGUGAUAUUAGCCCAUUAACCUGUAUCAGCAGUCCAGUCAAAGACUCCUUAGCCGAUUCUGUAGAAUCCUCAGCUGUGUGUACAAUCUUUGGAUCUGAAUCAAAGAGGCCCCAGAGGAAAGCAGCUCAGGCCUCUCCAAUGAAUUGCAGCACCCCCUCUUCCCUUGGUCACCCCAUUCCCUCUGCUGCUAAAGAGAGAAGAGCCAGGAAGAAGAGAGAUAUGAAUAAACAGGCUGAGGCUGAUGAUCAACUCAUCAUUGAUGCAGGCCAGAAGCAGUUUGGGGCCACCACGUGUGGGUCAUGUGGCAUGAUCUACAGUGCAGACAGCCUGGAAGAUAACUUCCAGCACACACAGUUCCAUAAGCGUUUUCUGGACAGUAUUACGUUUGUGGGCUGGAAGAAAGAGAGGGUGGUAGCAGAUUUCUGGGAUGGAAAAAUCAUUCUGGUUCUACCAGAUGAUCCAAAAUACGCUGUCAGAAAGGCAGAAGAUGUGAGGCAACUUGCUGACAACGAGUUGGGCUUCCAGCAAGUGUCCCUCAGCUGCCCCAGCCAGGCUAAAACCUAUCUGUUUGUGAACAGUGACAGGAUGGUUGUCGGCUGCCUCAUUGCAGAGCACAUACGACAGGGCUUCAGAGUGCUGGAGCAGCCAGAGCAGACUAAGGACAUGACCAAGGAGGAUUUCAUGGAGCACCACAGGGUCUGGUGCUGCUCUAUCACCCCAGAGAAGGCCAUCUGUGGGGUCAGCCGUAUCUGGGUGUUCAGCCUGGCCCGUAGGAAGGGCAUCGCCACAAGGAUGCUCGACACCGUCCGAAACUCCUUUAUGUAUGGGGGCCACCUGACCAAGGAGGAAAUCGCCUUCUCUGACCCUACCCCAGAUGGCAAACUGUUCGCCACAAAGUACUGCGAGACGCCUGCGUUUAUGGUCUACAAUUUCAUUGGUUAAGGCUGAAAUUACAUUUGACAUAUUUUGGUCUUUUAAUGAGUGUGUUAAACGUAGGAAAAUAUACAUUUACAUUAUCACACUACCGUCACCACUUUUAAAUGGACAUACAUCCAUCAUUUCUAAUCACACAUUUUAAAGCCCAUUUCAUAGAGAAUGCUAAACUGGACAAUAUGUAGUAACUUACUUUGAAGAGAUGGCGAUUGAUCUCUUCUACAUAGUUUGAAUAAAAUCAUUACCUCUUAUCACACUUCAGAAUCACAAUUUCUUGGAAAAUACAUGUCAUGCUGCGGUCUUCUAGUGAAACAGGUGCAUUUUGGGUAGAGUAGUUUGUCAGCAAUAGAACUAACCGUUGUGUGCUGCUGCUACUUACAGAAACGCAUUGUGAGCUAAAUAUCUGUACUGAGCAAAAAUAUAAAAACGCAACAUUCAAAGAUUUUGGGCUGGUGUAGUUACAUUUGGUCUGCGGUUGGUACUUAUGGUAGCGAAAUAGCGGUUGGUACUUAUGGUAGCGAAAUUGACAUUCCCCGGAAACAGAUUUAGUGCACUUUCCUACAGUCAACAUGCCAUUGUGCACUCCCUCAACUUGAGACAUGUGUUGCAACAAAACUGCACCUUUUAAAGUGGCCUUGUCCCCAGCACAAGGUGCACCUGUGUAAUGAUCAUGCCGUUUAAUCAGCUUCUUAAUAUGCCACAUGUCAGAAUUUCUCCUUUGAGAAUCCAUUCACCUAACACCUUUGUGCACAAAAUUUGAGAGAAGCUUUGUGCAUGUUGCAUGUGUUCAGUGUAUAACAGUUAAGUUGAUAAAGAUACAAUUUCAGUCAGGCUAGUCUUAAUGACGAUGAGCAUCUAAGCAUAUUAAUUUAACUGCAUGAUCAUUAACAA